GUCUGAGUCUAUGACCUUACUAAUUUUUUAUAUAAAUAAAUUUAGACAAUUUUAUAUGUUAUCAGUCAAAGUUUAGUUGAAACUAAUCCAGUAAAUCAAAUAGCUCAAACAUGUUCGCCAAAUUGACAUUUUUCGCCAUCUGUUUGGCCGUUGCUUUCGCUUCUCCAGUACCAGAACCGAAAGCAGAUCCAAGUCUAGUAGCAGCUGCCUACACAGCUCCAGUCGUGGCUGCUCCAUUUGCGGCCUACUCAUAUCCCGUUGCCUACAGCAGUUACGUCGCUCCAUCUGUAUAUAGCGCUGGAUACACUGCAUAUUCGCCCUAUACUGCAUCUUACGUAGUUGUGUAAAAUGAUAUAUGUAUUGUGACUUCUGUAUUUAUUGUAUAAUAUGAUAACGAACAACAAAGCUA